AUGACAGGGAUACCAUCAAUAGAUGAACAAAAAUUUCUUGUUACACUUCAAGAAUGUUUACAACCUGAUAAUGAAAAACGUACUGCUGCCGAAGCUGUCUAUCAAGAGAUACCGGAUGAACAAAAAACAAUUCUAUUAAUGUCAACAUUACGAAAUACAGCAUUAGAUACACCGCUUCGAGCAUUUUCGGCUGUUUUACUUCGCCGUUUAUUUCAAACACAAUUUGAAACAUUUUGGCCAAAAUAUUCCCCUGAUCAACAAAUGGCUUUGAAAAAAGAAUUGCUCACUCGAAUAACACAAUUAGAUGAUGAUGAAAAUAUUCGAAAAAAAAUUUGUUAUAUUGUUGCUGAAUUAGCUAGAAAUUUAAUGGAUGAAAAUGAUCAAUCACAAUGGCCUGAAGUUAUGGAAUUUCUUUUUCAAUCAGCUAAUUCAUCACAUAAUGUUUUAAAACAAUCAUCUUUAGUUAUUUUUGAAGCUUUUCCGGGUAUAUUUGGUAAUCAAGCUGAACAAUUAACACAAAUAAUUCAUCAGAUUUUUUUGAAUUGUUUAAAUGAUCAAGAUACAGAAGUUCGUUAUACAGCUGCAACAGCAUUUGCUGCUUAUCUUAAACAUAAUUGUGAUAAUACACAAUUAUUAAAUGCUUAUCGUGAUUGUUUACCAUGUCUUAUUUCGACAAUAACACAUAGUUUGGCUAAUACAGAUGAUGAUAAUGUACUAAAAGCAUUAGUUGAUAUAGCUGAAAAUGCUCCAAAAUAUCUUCGACCUGCAGUAGAUGAUAUAUUUAAUUUAUGUCUUCAAGCUAUGCAAGAAAAAGAUAAAUUUGAAGAAUCACGUCGUCAUUUAGCUCUUGAAGUUCUUAUAACACUUGCUGAAACAGCUAGUGGAAUGGUUCGUAAAGUAGCAAAGAAAUAUAUGAAUAGACUUGUUCCUCAAUUACUUGAAAUGAUGGUUGAUUUAGAAGAUGAUCCUGAAUGGUCAACAAAAGAUACAAUUGAAGAAGAAGAAGAUGAUAGUAAUGCUGUUGUUGGUGAAAGUUCAUUAGAUCGUCUUGCUUGUGCACUUGGUGGUAAAACUGUACUUACUUAUAUAUUAAAUACAGUUCAAACAAUGCUUCAAAAUCCUGAUUGGCGUUAUCGUCAUGCUGGUUUAAUGGCAUUAUCAGCAACUGGUGAAGGUUGUCAUAAAGAAAUGUCAGUCAUUCUUGAUGAUCUUGUUAACGGAAUAUUAGUAUUUCUUAAAGAUUCGCAUCCACGUGUUCGUUAUGCAGCAUGUAAUGCAUUAGGACAAAUGUCAACUGAUUUUCAAGGAACAUUUCAAAAAAAAUUUCAUACUAAAGUUAUUCCAGGUCUUCUUUCAAUACUUGAUGAUCAUGAUAAUCCACGAACACAAGCUCAUGGUGGUGCUGCAUUAGUAAAUUUUUCUGAAGAUUGUCCACCACGUUUACUUAUUGAACAUUUACCACAAAUUAUUGAAAAAUUAGAACAAGUUUUAAAUCGAAAAUAUCAAGAACUUGUUCAUCAUAAUCGAAAAUUAGUUCUUGAACAAAUUGUAACAACACUUGCAGCUAUUGCUGAUACAGUUGCAGAAGGAUUUUCACCAUAUUAUGAACGAUUUAUGCCACAAUUGAAAUAUUUAUUUAAAAAUGCUGUUUCACCAGAUUAUCGAAUGUUACGUGGUAAAACAAUGGAAUGUAUUAGUUUGAUUGGUUUAGCUGUUGGAAAAGAAAAAUUUAUUAAUGAUUGUUAUGAAGUUAUGCAAGAAUUAGUUAAAACUCAAGUUGAUUUUGAAAAUUUGGGAAAUGAUGAUCCACAAAUAGCUUAUUUAAUUGGUGCUUGGACACGUAUAUGUAAAAUAUUAGGCAAAGAUUUUGAACAAUAUUUACCUAUUGUCAUGGGACCUGUUCUUAAAGCUGCAGCAUUUAAACCAGAAGUAACUGUACUUGCUGAUGGAGAGACUGAUGUUGAAGAAGAUGAUAAUUGGGAAGUUUUAAAUGUUGGUGAUCAAGCAUUUGGAAUAAAAACAACAGGUUUAGAAGAAAAAGCAAGUGCUUGUUCAAUGUUGGUUUGUUAUGCAAGAGAAUUAAAAGAAGGUUUUGUUAAUUAUGUUGAAGAAACAACGAAAUUAAUGGUUCCAUUACUUAGAUUUUAUUUUCAUGAAGGUGUUCGUGCAGCAGCAGCUGAAUCUUUACCAUUAUUACUUGAUUGUGCUAAAUUACGUGGCGAUGAUUAUGUUCGUCAAAUGUGGCAAUACAUGAAUAAAGAAUUAUUUAAAGCAAUUGAAAUUGAACCUGAUCAUGAAGUACUUGGAGAAUUAUUUUUAUCAUUGGGCAAAUGUAUUGAAACAUUAGGAGUAUCAUGUUUAACAAGUGAUGAAUUAAAAGAAUUAACAACAAUUCUUGACAGUCAUUUUAAAAAACAUUUUGAACGUUCAAAUGAACGCGCAGAAAAGCGUCACGAUGAAGAUCAUGAUGAAGAAGCUGAAGAAGAAAUGCUUGAAGAAGAUGAUUUUGAUGCAUAUAUCUUAAAUCGUUUAUCGGAUAUAAUCCAUUCACUUCUUGUAACUUACACAGAUUCAUAUUUGGCUUAUUUCGAUACAUUAGUUCCACAUUUCUAUGCUCUUCUUCAACCAACACGUUCUGUAUCUGAUCGUCAAUGGGCAUUAUGUGUAUUUGAUGAUGUUAUACAAUUUACAGGUGCACAUUCACAUCGUUAUUCACAAUUUUUUCUAACUCGUAUGGCUGAAAGUCUUGCUGAUUCUUCAGCUGAGGUUCGUCAAGCUGCUGCAUAUGGUUUUGGUGUAAUGGGUAUGAAUGGUGGUCCUGUUUAUGCACGUGCAUGUGCUGAAGCAUUACCACCAUUAUUUGCAAUGAUUAGUGCACCGGAUAGUCGUUCAGUAGACAAUAAUACAGCUACGGAGAAUGCAGUUAGUGCAGUUACAAAAAUAUUUAAAUAUAAUAAUUCAUGUGUCGAUAAUAUUGACAAACUUCAUCAAAUUUGGUUAUCUUGGCUUCCAAUUUCUGAAGAUACAGAAGAAACACCACAUGUUUAUGGUUAUUUAUGUGAUUUAAUUGAAUCAAAUAAUCCGGUGAUUAUCGGACAAGACAAUGCUAAUGUUCCUAAUGUGAUUAAAUUAUUUGCUGAUGCUUUUGCUAAAUCAGCUAUUGAAGUUAAUUCAGUUGUUGGUCAACGUAUGAUUCUUAUAUUAAGACAUGUUCAAACAAUUCCAUCAAUAUUUCAGACAUGUAUGAAUGUUUUAACAAAUGAAGAACGUCAAGCAUUAGCUAAUGCAUUAAAUACACCAGUAUCAACAACAUCUCCACAAGCUGGAUCUACCAGUCACUUUAUGAAUCAUCAUGCCAGUGUUUAA